AUGAACAAUACUAUGAAAAAUAUGGAUUUUAAUUGGACUUCUGGUCAAGAGCCUAACGACCAAGAAGUGGGUGUUCCUCAAGCUAUAUUCAUUCCCCAUUCAAAUUCUUUGCCGUUUGACGAAAGACGUGUGACUUUGGAGAAACCUAUUAAGAUUGGACGCAACGUCUACCGAGCGACUCCCACACCCACGAACACUAUCUUUGAAUGUAGAGUUCUCUCCCGACAUCACGCCACGCUCUAUUAUGAUAAAGGACACUUUUAUCUCGUGGACAACCAGAGCAGUAACGGCACGUUCAUCAACAACAAACGGUGUUCUACAUCGGAGCUUGAGCCGCAGGAGGUGUUCUCCGGUGACGUGGUCCAGUUUGGCAUUCCCGUCGUUGAGAAUGCUGGAAAUUCGGAAAAGAACACGUUUCCGCCGGUGGUUGCACUACUCAAGCUAUACCACCCCGAUGGCAAAGAAGCAAAGCUGUCCUUUAAUCCCACCAUGACGACUCCGCUACAUUUGAAAGAGUUAUACCAGCUGAAUAAUUACGUUCAGGAGGCCAUCCAGCGCGAGGCUUCCUUAGAGGGUAGACUGCGUACGUUGCGCGAGUGCGUGGAGAGAACGCGCGCGGACGCGCAAGCAUCGUGGGAGCUGUUCGUGGGCGAGCAACGCCUGCUAACGCGCGUGCACACCCUCGAAGCCAUGCUGGCGGCCGGCAAGCAACCCGACCACCACCACGUUGUGCAGCUGCUCACCGACAAGAGGAACUACCAGGAGGUGGCGCAGGAGAGCCUGCGCGCGGCGCACGAGCAGAGGCUGGCGCUGGAGGAGACGCUGGAGCGCCGCAGCCGCGAGGCGGCCGCGCUGCACCACCACAACUACGCGCUGCGCCUUACCGCCAACAACGCGCUCGCCGAACUGCAGAAACUGGCAGCGCGUUGUGAGCGAAAAAUGUGUGCGGCUAGACUCGCCAUAGCUGCCGCGGAGGAACGGGAGCAAGCUGUGCGCAAACAUUUGCCGCUCGCUUGUUCGGUGCAGAACGGCGAGGCGCGGCUGCUGGUGCUGAGCACGGACAGCAACCGGCUGCAGGACGCCAAGCGCGGCGCCUCGCUCGAGGACGCCGUGCGCGCGCUGCCCGACUACAUCAAGCUGCUGCUGCCGCAACACCUGCUCAACAAGGUGGGCAUAAAAGCAAUAUCAGCUGAAGGCAAAUCGGCAAAGGAGUUCGAGUUAAUAUUGAAAAAGAAUAAUAUUUACAAUUCAGAGAGUAAAGAAAAACAAGUGACUGAAGAAGAUGGGGUUGGAGGUAGCGGUGAAGAAAAAUCUGAAGACCCUGAAUCCUGUACUGAUGAUGAGAAACAGUCUCGACUUAAUCAUGACCAAGAGCACGAUGAGGAAUCGUCCAGUCUUCUAGACGGGGAGCUGCAUGCAGACAACAACGCGAACUCGACAUACAGCGAGUCAAGCACGAGGGAAGAGUCGCCGAGCAAAGCGGGCGUGGAGUACGCGAACAUUCUGCGCGUGAUGGCGGGGCUGAACGAGGAGAUCCGCGCGCUGCGGGAGCGCGUGUGCGCGGCCACGGGCGAGGCGGAGCAGCUGCGCGCCGUGCGCGACGAGCUGCUCGCCGCGCAGCCCGAGCGUGAGCGCGCUGACCCGCCCGACCACGAGGACGCCGCCGCCUACCGCGCCAAGAUACAAGACCUUCAGACGCAACUCAGUCGAUCGACUGUCGCCGAGGAAGCAAACAUUGCUGAAAUACAGCGGUUAGCAUCGAGCGCUGCCGAAAUGGAGGCUGAGCUCGCCUUCCGACCGACACGUGCCGACAUCGACGACCUCACCGCCGUCGUGGGCAGCCUACGCAACGAACUACUCGCCAAAGAACAGCAGCUCGAAAGCCUCCAGGCAGCUCUGAACAAAGAAAAAUCCACUCUCGACAAAUGCGUUGAAACGUCACAUUCGUUAGAAGAUCUCGUGAAACUCGAUGAAAAACAACCUGCAACUGAUGAAGACAUCGACGCCACGAAGAUCUCCGCCGAAAUAGACGAAAUGUUCCAACUGGAUUACGACGAAGAUGAUGAAACGGAUUCGGCCGCGACGGAGAUAAAUCGCGACGCGAGCGAGCCGCCGACGAAUGUCGACACGAGCAUCGUCAGCGAAUACGUACGCUUGGACGACGAAGAACGGCUCCAAGUGACGCUUCAGAACGGUUCUCUACACGCGCUCGAGGAGGAACUGGUCCGGGCCAAGGAGAGGUGGGCGGAAGUGUGCGCCGAUAGAGCUCGGCUAACAGCGCAGUUGGCGGCACUGCAGAACAAACCCCUCCGCUUAGAUCUCACGCACGGAAUAGCCCUGGUAGUGCCGAUAGCGAUCGCGUGCCUUUAUUACCUCUUGCUGCCUUACAUCUCCUGA